CUUCUAAAAAGUUCUUUUGUGUGUUCGUGUGUAUAGUUGUUUUGCUCUCGAGAUUACAAAACUAAAUUAUUGAAAUAAUUUUCAACAAUUCAUAAAGUCAAUUGAAUUAUUUUCAACGCAACGUUUUUGCUAAAUAGUAAAGCAACAGUUUUUUUUUUUAAAUAAAAUAAUCAGUGGUACAUUUACUUUUGAGAAAUAAAAAUACUGAAAAAAGAAAAUCUGUAAAAAUGGUGGCUCGUCAAGGAAAUAAUCAAAUGCGUCGCAGAAAUAAUGGCAUGAAUGGCAACCAAAAUGGAAAUCGGCAAGGUAAUUUGCGACAAAAUUUUAAGAAUCAAAACCAAAACCAAGGCCAAAAUCGUCAAUUCGGCAACAACGGUGGUUUUAAGCAACAAGGACAAAAUCAACGAAACAACAACCAAAACCGUAACAAUAAUGGUGGCGGUGGUGGCUUGGGCAAUGGCGGUGGAAACUUGGGAAACUUUAAUUUAGCUGCCGCCAUGUUGUUGCAGCAACAAAAUCAAUUGUUGCAAAAUGCAUCGCAAAUGAUGGACAAUCCAGGCUAUUUGGAUUUCAAUGAACCACGCCAAAACUUUUCACCCCAAAAGAAUAAUAACAAAAGUUUACAAAAUGGCAAUAACCAAAAUGGUAACAAUCGCAAUAUGAAAAAUAAUAAUAACAACAACAACAACCGCAACAGCAAUGGAAAUGGAAACAAUAACCAAGGGGGACGCCGUGGUAAUUUUAACAACAACAGGCAGAACAACAACAACCAAGGUGGAAAUCAAGGCAAUUUUAACAAUAAUAAUCAAAGAAAUAACAAUCAACGCAACAACAACAAUCAGUUGAAUGGUAAUAACCAGGGCGGCAAUAAUCAACGAUUCCCACGUAAUAACAACAACCACAACAACAAUGGCAACAACCAAGGCGGCUCCAGCAUCGCUAAUUUCGGUGGCUUGGGUAACAAUGCCGGUCCAUACCGCAACCAACAACAAAAUCAACGUUCACCAUUCCCAAAUCAACCAUUUGAUAACAAUUUUGCCGCCAGCUUGUUCAGCAACCAAGGUUUCAACCGUGCUGCUGCAGCUGCAAUUUUGGCACCACAAUUGCCAUUAUUGAAUCGUCAAGCUGGACGUCAGUUGCGUCGUUUGCAAGGUGGAAAUCAAUUGGCCAAUGGCAAUGGUAAUGGACCAUUCAGAGGUAACGGACCACGUGGCUUGGGAUUGCGCCGUAAAUUGGCCAACAGUAAGGUGGCCAAUGGUAAUGCUAAAGGUGGACGCAAUUUAAAAAACCAAAAGGGUUCAAAAAACUUAAAAGGCCGUAAGCUCAAAGGUGGGCGUCGAAAUCAAGAUCGCUAUCAAUUGAACAAGCCAUGGGUUACGGAUGAAAUAAAAGCUGCCCACGAAAAGAAGGUUGAAUUGGCCAAUCAAUUGAAAGGCAAUAAAAAUGAUGAAUUAUUCGCCGAAUUCAAAACCAAACGCGAUGAAUUUGUUAAAAUGUAUGAUGCUGCCCGUACCGAAUACAACAAGAACAAGGCAAAAGAUAAGAAAACCGAGUCGGAAAAUGCAAAUGAAACAAAUGAAAAUAAUACAGAGAACAACGCCGCCGACGAAUCCGCUGCCAAUGAAAAUGAUAAUGCGGCAAAUGAUACAAGCGUUGCAGCCACCUCAUAAGUCCAAUAAACAGUAAAAUUGCAUUACGAUUUGUUUGUUCGUUAUGCAUACAGUUGUUUGGCCGAUGGUGUGCGAUUAGAUGAAUAGUCUCGUAUCUCGCAAACAAUUGACAGUUUGACAAAUCACAAGCAACAAAUAUUAAAACCAACAUACAAACCACAAUUAAGAACAUACACAUUAAUUGCAACAGCAAAUUUAUGAAAAACAAACAAACAAAAUAUUUGCUUCAUUUCUUUUUUAAAUGGUGAACAUUUUAUUCUUAUUUUUUUUAUUAACGUAACCAAUUUACAGUUGAAGAGGGAAGAAUUUUUAUUAGUGAAAAUAUAUAUUUACUAUAUAUAUCUACAUAUAAAUGCACACAAAUACAAAAUCAUGAUUGUAUAAGACAAGCUAAAACACUCAAACAAAAAUCCAUACAAAAUUAUUUAAAUAAAAAAAAAGAAUUUCUUAGCAUGAUAGAGAGAUAUAAAUAACUACAACAACAAUAAUUAAAGAAACGCAGAAUAACAUAGUCUUUUUUCGGAGAAAUAAUUUAAUAGAGAAUAAAUGCAGCAGUUUGAAGUGCAAAUUGAAUCACAUCUAUCAAAAUCGAUAGUCGAAAAUGUUUAUUCGCUGCAUCAUUUUUUCAUUAUUAUUCCAAAAUGUAAAUGUAGCCCAAUAUUUGGAUUUGGUGUACUAUAACAUAUAAGAAUAUGUAUCUUUUCUAAUUACGAUCAUCUUCUUCGACCUUCCUUCCAUCCAGCCCAACAAUUAUUUUCUGGCAUCAAUCAAUAAUUACGCAUGUGAUCUGAGCGUUCUCGCGUGCAUACAUCGAAUGAAGAUUGUUGUGAUGAUUUAAUUUUGUCCUCAGUACACAUUGUAUUGAAAGCGAUUUUUUUAAAUGAAAAAAAAAAUCAGACAAAAAGAACUCGCAUCCAUACAAUCACAAAUUCAUUUGAACAAAUGCCAAUUUGCACGAUCAUUUGUAUUUCUCCAAUUUUAUGUGAGAAAAAUGAUGUAAGUCAUGUUCAUGCGCCAACAACACAGAUCAUAAUGAAAAUUGUAUAAAAAUUUUCCAUGCAAAUGAUAAAAAAAGAACCAUUAUCACUAUUAUUGCUAUUAGUACAUAUUUCCAUUACUAUUUGUCUAAAUGUGAUGGUGCCAAAUGAUUUUUGCGGGCAAUUUAAGCAUACAACAAACCAAUUGUUUAAUUUAAAAUCACAAAAUAUAAAAAAAGCUAUUUUUCAUGAUUAGUAGAUAAAGAUACAUACUAAAAGAAUUUAAAAAAAAAUACUUAGAGAAAAAUUGAAGAAGAAGAAUUAAAUUUCUCUUUGAUGAUGCGGUUUUGAUUUUGAACUGUAGAUUAAUGCGGUUGUUAACAUGGCCAAUUGCAAAGUCUAUUUCAGACUUUUAAAAAUUGCACAUAGCAUUCAUAGGCGGCCAGCCCGUGAUGGUCCAACAAAAUAAACAACGUAGCACAAUCACAGGAAAAACUCUAGAAACCACUUAAAUAAGUAUGACAUAUAUAAAUGAUAACGAUUUAGUUUAAGUUCAUUUUAAAAUCACAAAUCCAUAUAAAUUGAUUAUUUAAAAACUCAAUAAUGAGCAUGAGAGAACAAGAAAUUGCAAGUAAAAUGAUGAUAAUUAGAGAAAAGUUGAGUAUUUUUUUUAUUUUUUGGUAAAUGUUUCUUUUAUUUUGUAUUGAAUGAGUGUGUCAACUCUUUUGUUUCGAUUUCGAUUGAGUGCGAAAUUUUCUUUUCCUAAGAUAUUUAGCGGAGAUACCAACCACAUAUGAGAAACAAAAAAAUAUAGAUUUUAUGCUAAAUAAAAGUAAAAAAAUGUACGUUUUAAUCAAGAAUUUUGUGUAUAAUUUGAUUGGAUUGAAAAAGAAAAUUGAAGCCAUUUUCGGCGGUCGUUUUGUGGCUCUUUGCUGACAAUCCACGAGUGUCUACAGCAUAAAUGAAAAUGAUUGCUGCCAAAAUAAAAAUGUCUAUUGCCACCCUCAUUAUUUCUUUCUUGUGUUAAUUUUAUGUAAUGACUCGCCUCGUGAGUAAAACAAAGUGGCAAUAUACUUGAAACAGAACAAAUUUACUAUUUUCAUUUUCGUACAAAAUCAUCUGUAUCGUUAUCUCUUAUCUAUUUAUAAUUAUAAAUAAUUAUUGUGUAAUUGAUAAAAAAAACACAAUUAUAUCCAUAUAUAGAGAAUUUUAAACGAUACACACACACACACAUACACAUACAGUGAGACACAAGCAAGCAAUUCGAUCACAUUCAAUUUAGUUUUUAGGACGAGAUCUAUUGUAACAACAUAUUUUAUUGUUUCCAAAAUAAAAAAAAACGUUCAUUAAAAAGCAACUGUACAAAAAGAGUUCAAAUAGAUAAAAAAAACGAAAUCUGCAAAAAAUCGUUUCCUUUUCUACAAGCAAAUAGAAAAAAAUUCGAAACAUCCAACAAAAACUGGAGAAUGCACUCGAUUGCUAGCACAAGAAUGAUUGUAAUAUACGUUAAUUUUGAUAUGCACGAACCGAACCAAGUCAAAGAAAAAAUUGAGAAAAAACAAUGCAAAAAUAAAAUAGAGCAUGGAAAAUCACUCCAAGUUCCAAAGUUAACUAGAACUGGAUAUGAUGAAAUGGGCGCAUACGUGUCUUUAUGACUUUUGUGGUGCCGCUUUUUUCUACCUCAAUUCGGCUUACGUAUUUGCAAAUGAAAUUCUUGUGGCAAUAUCAUCAUUCUCCAUUCACCCAUGUGCAUCAUAUGUUUUUUUUUAUCAACAAACAUAAUCCAUUGCAAACAAUGCAUGGAACGGUAUAUAUGUGUUUGGAACAAGAAAAAAUGUCAUGCAAUCAUAGUAGCGCAUCAGCAAAUUCAUUUUGAAAUAAAGCGAUAUGCUCAGGUUUGUAAUGGAAAAGAUAUCUUAUUUCCUUGAUUUUAUUUGCAGUUUGUGUCAUGAUUGAAGAUUGCCUCGAAUGUCAACGCUUGGCUUUUGAGUUACGGAAGCAAAAGACGAAAAAAAUAUUGUAUCGAGUUUUCUUUCCUUUUCUUUUUGAUAUAGCUAAAUGAAGAGGGAUUUAAUUAUAAAAGUGUGUUGGUGGGUACCGUUCAGAUUUAAGACGCCAAAAAAAUCAGAUUGGCGUGCUCAACAGCUAAGAAAAUUUGCCACUUGUGUAUGAAAAUUGGAAAAUUGCUCAUUUCAUUCAAUGGUGUUGCAAACAUAAUGCUAAAGAGUGAACUUUUGACUCCCUCACAAAAUCUCGAAGAUAAUUGUGGUUUAAGAGAUUCACAACAAAUUCACGGAUUAAAUCAAGUGCAACCAUUGAUGGUUUCAAUGGAAAAUCAUAUUGCACGAUUACGGAAAAUGCAAUGGAAAUAAAGGUAAAAAAACACAGAAAGGAAUUUGAGAAGUUAAAACAAAACUUGACGAAUCUUGAAGUACUUCAAUUUAAACGUUCCUAUGGUAAUUAGAAACAAUGAUGGAGUGGAAAAAAUAUCGAUUUUGAGUGACAUUUUUCCAAUGUGUGCAAUGUGCAUAUUACCACUCACGCAUUAUCCAAUUUAUACAUCUGAACACACAGACAGACCAUCGUUUCGAAUAAGCACUAGAAUGCCAACACCAUUGCCACCAUUGCCACCAUCACCACCACACAUAGAUAGUUGAAUUAUACGAGCAGGCUUCGGUGCCAGUUCGCUAUAAUUAAUUCAAUUUAAUUUUAUAUUUCGAGAAUGUGAUAACUUUGAAGUAGGUAUUCGGAGUUUUAUGCCAAAUUGGAUUGAUUCUCAUUGUGUGCGAGAGUUCGGUGUGAAUUUAUCAACCGAAAAUCUGUUAAUCACGAGCAUUUUGUUCGUAUCUUUCUGUUCGUUUCUCUUUCGUUUUCUCUUUUGUUUUCUUUUUGUUUGAGUUUCUUUCGCAGGCAAAUUAACACCGAGUGAUUGGCUGAUUGGAUUUCGUUUACCUGUGAUGACGUUAGUUUAAAUGACUCGGUGCAACUACGAAAAUUCUAUCAAUUGACAGUAAGGUGGUAAAUGUUGUGAUGGCUUGGAUAAAAAAAAUUUAGGAAAAUAAAAAACAAACAUUGCAGAAGUGAUUUUUCAUUCGAAUUUUCUUUAUGGUAAAAUUCAUGAAAAAGCACAGAUUGUACAUUUAUAUAUACUUUAUUCAGUAAAUUGUGUGCACCACCUCGAAUGAAAUAUUGAAUAAAAUAUCCUGCCAAACUCAAUUUGAGCGAAUAGUGAA